CAAUGCCAAGGGCAGUUUAAAGUUAUUGGUAUCAUUUCAUAUACAGUACAAUACAUUCUUGUCAUAGAAAUAACUAACAGUAGUCUGGUUUACGUUACGUGCAAGUAACUAUAAUAUACUGUAUUUACAAGUAACAUGUGAUUAUUCUCACACGUUGCAUCGCGUCAUAUACAUUUCACAGCAUCCACAGCAUUCACAUUUACCUAUUGUCCAACCAAGGUGUCAGUGUCUGCACCGUCAUUCUCAUGACACGGAUUCUGAGAUAGCGACAACUUUUGAAUUGCUUCAUCCAGCAGUGGACUGACCAUGACAGAUGAUGAUGAUGGCAAUACGGAUAUGCCACCUAUUGGCUGGCCGAGUGAUCUGCCAGCAAAGCUGGUUGGCAGCCACGGUGGUUUGUUCUGGAUGGCGGUAUUCUCUCGUAUUACGACUCCCAGGAUGAUGUCAGUAAGGGCUGCAAGGGCAGCAUUAAAAUGGCAGUGUGCGAGAUACAAGUGCAUUCAUCAGAUGGCACGCGUUUGGAUCUCGUCAUCCCUGGGGAGCAGCACUUUUAUCUGCGUGCCAUGAACGCCGCUGAACGCCAAUCCUGGCUUGUGGCCCUGGGCAGCUCCAAGGCCUGCCUGCAUGACAGCCGCUCCAAGAAAGAGAAAGAGAUUAGCGAGACCAGCGACUUCCUCAAAACCAAAAUGUCAGAGUUGCGACUCUACAGCGACCUGAUAAAACAGCAGAUAAACACAGUGCGGGAGUCCCUCCAGCCAGGAGAGAGUCGGACACGGCCUGACAUGGAAAAAAUGAAUGAAGCAUCAUCACUGCUGGAUGCCACAUGCGGCACGUUUCUAAAGACCCUGGAGGAGUGCAUGAUCAUCGCCAAUUCCAGCUUCAAGCCAGAGCUCUUCCACUUCUCUCCACCACCUUCGCCUGUAUCCCCUGUCUCUCCUGCCUCCGCUCCCUUCCAUAUCAAUCGGAUCAAACGUACGAGCCAGCCAAACUUUGGGUCCCUUGAAAGGCACGCGACUCAAACAUGGAGGAUGGACAGCAAGCAGCAACAUCAGCAGCAUGGAGGCACGACAGUUGUGAGGGAUUUGGAAGAGAUGGCAUCGAUUCGAUCCCUGAGGCGGCUCCAGAGGCAGCGAUCCCCGUCACAGUCAGAUGCUGAGCAGCACCUCCGCGCGGCCACCACUGCGCCAGAGGGUCAGAAUUCAAUUUCGGCUACCGCUCCAUCAGAAAUGGACAGUGUCCAGUGCUCGGCAGAGCGUGCAGAAGAAGAAUCUGAAGACUCUCUAUCUCCACACGAUUUUAAGGAUGCCAACGGAGACUUAAAUGGGUCUCAUGUGAUUUCAGAGCAAGCACUUCCACAACCCGACUCUCCAAUUGGUGUGUAGCUAUAGAAGAAGUAAAUGCUUUAAUGGGACCAUCACUGAGUGUUUAUAUUCUACCAUGCUUGUGUCAGAGUGGCAGGUCUGCUUUGGAACUUGCAGUUGCCAUUGAAGCUUUGUGAUAUCAUACAGGAUGUAUGUGUGUGAAAGGAAGAUUGUAAGUUAUUGUGUUUUUCCCCAGUGAAUUCAUAAUUGUUCUUCAGCCAAAUAAACCGUGUUAAGAGGGAUAAGUGUAUUUUAGUAAAAACAAAACCAAAACAAAGCAUAAUUUAAAUGUGAACUUUCAUCUAGGCACACAUUUUUCGUCUGGUGUUCAUGUGUGUUGUGUAUUACAUAUUAGAGUCCUGUCAACUCAUUUUAUUCAGGGUUCAUAGGUUGUAUACAUAUUUUAGUGCUGCAACCAAUCAACGGCUGUUUUUGACAUCAAGAACUAAAACAUUUCAAGCAUUUCACUGCUUUACCAACAAUGGGGCAUUGCUCUGAACCACGAGUAGAAAUGACACAUUCCAAUGGUCGGGGGACCAUUCUCCCAUUGCAAGAAUUCUGUUGACUUCCCACAAAGGGGACUCAUUUUAUUGACCCCAGAGGGAUGAUCAACUGAGUCAACCUCUGGCUGGAAUUUGAAUUUGCAGUCUUUCAAUUGUAAGGUGAGCGCUCUAACCACAGCACCACCUAGCUGGAUAGCCAAAAUUAUUUAGGUGAAAGUAAAUCCAACAAACAUAAGCCUAUCUAUGAGCUGAAUUCAUAAAAUAAGCCUAUGUACUUGUAAAGCACUUAUGGCUCAUGGCUUUGGUUGGAGGUUCCACACAUUUUUUCUCAGAUUUUACAGUAUCAGGUGAAACAGCAAAAUAAAAUGUAAUCUGUAAUAUUUAAUUCUCCCAUGCCAGGUGGUGACCAGACUGAUUCUCCUGUAAAUCUAUCUGGACUUAAUCAUAGUUUGGUUAAGUAGGAUCGGGUAAAACCACCAGUCAUUCAAUUAAAAUUUCUACAUGCAUUACCUGAAACUAGAAAUCUGAAAACAGUGUUUGCCAAUCACCUGUUCUCGAGCCAUGUAUGGAGGCUUUUCUUAUGCAUUUAGUUUAUACAUAUAUCCAUGUAUAAUGUGUUCUCUAGAUGCGUAUAUUAUACAAGCAUACGUGUACAAUUAUACAUAUAUAAAUAAAUACUUAUUCUAUUUAUGGCAGUCUGGUUUUUCAUGGUCAAUAACUAGUCCUUUAUCUGUUGCAGCCCUAAAAUGUGUUUGUUACAGAGUUUAUGUUCUGGUAUAUGCAACGUCUAGAGUCGCUGGGUAAGGUAAAUGAAGGCUUUAAGAGUGCAUCCACAACAUGUAUUUGUUGCUGUUACAUUGCUAACGUGAUUACACAUUUCCACACCAAGUGUACUGGUCUCUUUGAAGCACAUUGUAUUACACAUGUACCUGUGUGCAUGUACAUCUCUUGUCAAUCCACAUCUGGAUGAGGGCCUUCGGACACCCGCGUGGGUCACGACGGGUUAUUUGACUACACUUCGUUCUGGGGAGUGCUGGUUGGUGAAUGUGUGGAACAUACAAAAACAACAAUGUUUUGCUGUAAUAGCCUUUGCUGUCCAUGUAGCACCCACAGUCUGUAACACCUGUAUUGCAUGGUGUUGGCCCAUCCAAGCACUAUCCAAGCUCAAUCCUGCUUGACUUCCGAGGUAUCGUGGGAUCGGGCACAUUCCGGGUGAUUUGGUCGUAGGUGUGAUGCAAUAUAUAGCACUACAUAACUACUGUUACCUGUGAUAACGGGAAAAAUCAGUUGGACCAUCGUGACUUGUAUCAGAAUAGCUCAUGGCAUAAUAUCACUACAACCCCUACCUUGCCAUGCAGUGUUGUAUAUUGUGUUUGAACUGGCCCCAGUUUAUAAACGGAUCUUGUAACUCA